UCCCUCUCUCUCUAUACCCCUUUCUCUCUUCUCUUUCUCCCGCUCUAUAAAACAUCACAUAACACUGACAAUCAGACCUACAAGCACUACCAUUCACGCAACACCGCUACUAAUCCUGCAACAAAGAACGUAUCAUUCACAUCUUCCAAUAGACAAAACAGAGACAGAGCAUUUGAUUUUCAGCCCUCAGUCAAUCUGAAGAUUGAUCCCUGCUAUUUUCUCCAGGGUCUUUUUCGGGUUUCCCUUUGUCAUUUAUCUCUAGUUGUGGCAUUUUUACAUAGUCCAUUUUAUUUUAUUUUUCAAGAAAGGGAUUUGCGUACAGGUAGGCAUGAAAAGUGAAGGUCUACCAAGAGGAAUGAAGUCCACAUGUUGGUGCGUUGUUCUCCUGUCACUCAUUUCUAUGGUUACAAGUGCCCAUUCGUCUGCUUCUGGAAGUUCAGAUGUUCUGAAGUCAGAGAGCCCAAAGUCGAGAGCUAAGGACCUCUGGACAACAGACACCAGCAAGGACUUAUCCAUCAGUCGCCUGCUCUCCCAGACCUUUUAUGACAAGAACCUGUCUGGCCUGGAUCUGAACUAUGACAAGUUGGAACCAUACUCUAAACAGGAGCUCUGGGACUGGCUCCACAACACCUCUAGCCUUCGUGACCCCCGCUCCCGAUCCAAGAGGAGACCCAUCGUCAAGACAGGAAAGUUCAAGAAGAUGUUCGGCUGGGGCGACUUCCACUCCAACAUCAAGACAGUGAAGCUCAACCUGCUGAUCACCGGGAAGAUCGUAGACCACGGCAACGGCACGUUCAGCGUCUACUUCCGCCACAACGCGACGGGCCAGGGCAACGUGUCGGUGGGUCUGGUGCCGCCCACCAAGGCCGUGGAGUUCCAGCUGCAGCAGUCGACGGUCCUCGAGCCCAAAGACACCAAGCUGUUCAACUGCAGGGUGGAGUACGAGAAGGUGGAGAAGGGCACCAGGAAGUCGUUGUGUUCCCACGACCCUUCGCAGAGCUGCCCACAGGAGCAGACCCAGAGCCAUGUGUCCUGGCUGUGCUCCAAGCCCUUCAAAGUCAUCUGCAUCUACAUCUCCUUCUACAGCACCGACUACAAGCUGGUGCAGAAAGUGUGUCCGGAUUACAAUUACCACAGCGAUACUCCCUACCUCCCCACCGGGUGAUUGGCUGAGCGGCUAAGGGAAAGGAACAGAGACAGACAGGGCAUUCGCUCCUGAGAGGUGUCAGUUGAUUUGAGCUAGGCUGGCACGUCCCUCAAUAGAACAGA